AUGGCGCCGUGGUUCUGAAAAACCGCUGAAGGUGUGACAGAUGAUACUAUCUGAAAAUCUGUAAAUGCCACGGCUGGAGUGUGUGAGAGUGGGUGAGCGGACCAUUCCAGUCCGUGUGUCUUUGUGCGUUUGAGCAGUGUUCUACUGUCAUUCAUGGGGAUCAUGUAUGGAGAUGGAGACCGGCUUGGACCUCCCCGGAGGGACUGCAUGUGUUACCUGGGCCCCCCGACCACCCUGAUACCCAUCGGAAUGCGUAAAUCGCCCGAGGUGAGUCCCAGAAGGCUGUCCGACAUCAGCCCCCAACUUCGCCAGCUCAAGUACCUGGUGGUGGAUGAAUCGAUUAAAGAGGACCUGAAGUCAUCUCGAUCAGUUGAGGACAUCAACAGCGCGUCCAUCGAGGAGAGGAUCUUGAGAAUCACGGGCUAUUAUGGCUACCAGCCGUGGAAUGCCGUUUAUAAGAGGGAGGACCGGCCGAGGGAGAACGUCGUGGGUACCGCCGAGGGACAGGCGAUGGUGGGCGGAGCAGGGGCGGAGUCGGGGACAGGGAGGCAGAGAUUACGCUGCUGCGUGCGAGUGACAGCCGUCCAAGUGCAAAAAGCAUUAUGGGGCGUGGCCAUGGUGAUGUGCGUGUGCUCAUCAUGGGCAGGCUCCACCCAGCUGGCCAAGCUGACCUUCAAGCAGUACGAUGCACCGUUCACUCUCACAUGGUUCGCCACCACAUGGAACUGCCUAUUCUUUCCUUUGUAUUACGUAGGCCACCUGUGCAAGAGCCCUGAGAGACAGACACCAAAACAGAGGUUCAGAGAGUGCUGUCGGUUCUUCGGGGACGACGGACUAACAGCGAAAGUGUUCUUCACUAAAGUGGCCCCUUUUGGCCUGCUGUGGAUUCUGACAAACUACUUGUACCUUCAGGCUCUGAGAAAGAUCAACAGCACUGAUGUGUCUGCCCUCUUCUGCUGUAACAAAGCCUUCGUCUUUCUCCUGUCCUGGAUCGUGCUGCGGGAUCGCUUCAUGGGCGUCAGGAUUGUUGCUGCCAUUCUGGCCAUCGCUGGAAUAGUGAUGCUGACUUACGCUGAUGGCUUUCACAGUCACUCUGUUAUUGGCAUAACAUUUGUAGUGGCCUCUGCAUCUGCCUCUGCCCUCUAUAAGGUGCUUUUCAAGCUUGUCUUGGGCAGUGCCAAGUUUGGAGAGGCGGCUCUGUUUCUGACCAUUGUCGGAGGUGCAAACUUUGUCUUUAUGAGCUUUGUGCCAGUUAUACUGUACUUCACACAUGUUGAGUACUUCACAUCCAUAGCUGAUCUUCCCUGGGCCUACCUGUGUGGAGUAGCUGGACUCUUACUAGCAUUCAAUAUUCUGGUGAAUUUUGGCAUUGCUGUUACAUACCCUACGCUGAUUUCACUUGGCAUUGUGCUGAGUGUCCCUGUCAAUGCAAUGGUGGACCUUUACACCUGUGAUAUCCACUUCAACACAGUGCGGCUCAUCGCUGUUUUAAUCAUCUGUCUGGGCUUCCUAAUGCUGCUGUUACCGGAGGACUGGGAUCAGUGUUUAAUUGAGCUCGGCACCAAACUCAGAAAGCGGGAACAGCCUGUUGAACCGGCUGAGACCGGAACCAGCUCAGGACUCAACUGGACCCGACGGGCCAGGACCUCCAUGUCCACGUUUUCUCACUGACACACACUCACCUUCUCCCAUUCUUAUUCUAGUGACUGGAUGAUGCCAGGAAGAACAUUCAUUCCCUAAUAUUUUUCAGUCAAUGAGGCUUUGUAGGCCAUCAUUUACCAUAAUUAUUUUUUAUUUAUUUUUUUUGCAACUGUAAGUGGAUUGGAACAAUGAUUUGGGCCUUUAUGUGGAACUCAAGAGCAGGGGUCUCAAACGACCGAUCUACGGGCCAAAUUUGGGUCAUCAAGUGUUAAGUUUAUCCUUAAAUCCAGCCCACAAAUCCAUUUAUAGACUUUAAUUUUUUAAAUUUUUAAAUUUUUAAAAUAAAAUCUGUACUAGUUACAUUUAAUUUUUAUUUCAAUUAAUAAUUUUUAAUUUUUAUUUUAUAUAUUGUUGUAAUUUAAUGUAUAUUAUAUAUUGCAAUUUAAUUUUUUAUAUUUCUUAUUGUCCACAUGGCUUUUACAGGCCUAAAACUUGAAUGUAAAAGAACAACUGUAGCCCAGUUAAUAAAAACAAGCAAACACCGCACUGCACAUCUACAGUAAAUAAUUCAAAGUUAAAAAAGUUUGAGUUACAUGCAUCUACAUCAAACUAGAUUCAAACUAUGGAGCAGGUUUACACAGGGAGCACUUGUGGCAAUAAGUCUUCAGUGGAUAGAAGUUUCUAUUUUUGAUGCACUACAGCUACUCCAGCCACUUUAUUUUGCCUGUCUGAUAUAUAUAAAAAUAUUUUUAAUAUAUGUAGAUUGAUAGCUAUGUAGUCUUUUUAUAUCGAAAUAUUCCUGAUUGUUGUCACAGCCAGCUUGUGAUUUUUCUUACACUGCUAGUUGCAGAAAAGAAAAUUGCAGUAGUUAUAGAAUACAAUUCCACUCAUUAUUACUCCACUAAACAUGCAGAGCAUUAUGCUAGGUAUGAAGAAAAGAUGUAUCGCUCUGUCCAUGCCUCAGUAACUCUAUGUAGUUCAAAUGUAUGGUUGUAAAACAUUUACGACAUGUAAAACUGGCCCUAAAUGAAGGACUUUACCAGGCUAUUGGCCCACAGAUAGUUUGAGUUUGAGACCUCUGCUCAAGACCCAUGAACCAAUGUCUUCACAAUAAAGAGUCCCUGCAGAUCUUCAGACUCUCUCUGGAGCUCAGAGAAACAUGUCUGUCACUUUACAGCUCACAUUAUGACUCUGACUGGCACAAAUCACUACCAGUGCCCAUUAGAACAUGUGCCAAACAUUGCUAUAUACAGUAAGAACUGCAACUUGUGCGGACGUCUUCUCAUACAGCAAAGUUCUACCUUGCAACAGGCGCAUCUGAGGGAUUUCCCUUUCCCAAACUGUGAACGAAGUUGUUUUUGAACUCAUGUUGGUUAACAGCGAUCUUGAAGGUCUAGGAGAAAGAACGAAACAGGAAUAGCCUCAGGAUACCAUGGUGCCGAGGUUGGCUGGGAUGCUGGAGGACUGCACAUGUCCAGCUUUCCUUGUACAAACAAAGUUCUACCAUCCUGUGGGUGCAUCUGUGGUCUAAAGGGAUUUCCUCUCCUAAACUGUGGAUGAAGAUUUUUGUAGGUUAACGACAGCAUCCAGACUGUUUAUACUGAUGCUAUACUUUGUUUCCAUCACACUUUUUUCUGAGUCACAUGCUAACCACUGUGAGGACACUUCAGGGGCAGUACUGGCAAACCGAAAAGGCAAUCUUCAGCAAGUCGUGUUACCGUCAAGGGUGCCAUGUGCAUCCAGUGAAUGUAUGACCAUUUCUGAAAAGUGCACCUACACUAUGUGCUUUGAAAAAGGUGGUGACUAGAACUGAUACGCCACCUUUACAUGCACAAAACACAUCCUGCACUUCAUAAGACUCAAAUCACUUUUUUUUUUUAAACACUGCAUCGCAUUUUUUUAAAUCUUACGGACUGUUCCAUUGGAAGGGAAUUAGUUCUACAGGAAAAUGCAUGCAGAAAAUGCCAAUAAAUGCUAGAUGAUGGCUUCACUGCCUUUUCUUUGAUUUGCAAUAGGAUCUCAUCAGCACUGUCUCCCAUUGUCAUUGUUAUGAUGACAAUAAAUAUAAUAUUGUAUUCCUCUGGAAUUAUUGCUAGACAGUAUUGUAAACCUUUGUAAGGAAUGAUUUUUACACUGAAAUGCAUUACGAUCACAUUUGAGGAAAAUGACAACAAAACAAAUAAAUUAAAACAUCCAUUUAAUAGA